CGGGCGGCGCAAGGCGGGGCACCCCUGGCCUUGCCCUGUGAUCUGGACGUUGGUUUAGAGAUGAUCAGAAAGAGAUGUUACAGAUUUAGAGGAGGGAAGGUCAGUUUUGUAGGAACUGGUAGCUUCUUUAGCCUUUUAAAAAAGAAAUAGGAAUAAUUUGAGAGGUUGUGAAGCCACCUGUUCACGGGCCAGAUAGGUAGGUCAGGUGUUCUCCGCUAGGGCACUGCUCAGCUCUGGCCUGGGCUGCUGCAGAAGGUGGGCCCAGUGUGGCUUGCUCUUUUGCUUUUUCAGGAGAAACCAGAAAUCUGAAGUGUAUGUGAAAUCUCUUGAUUUAAACACUGGCACCUAACUUAAAGUGCCAGUCUGUGGGCUAAUCUGACAACGUUUUGCUGAUGGGAUCUGCUGUGGACACAACGCGGCGGGUGAGCCGGGGAUGGGCCGGUGGCGCAGAUAGCUAAGAGAAUGUACCAGAGAUGAAGGAGAAUAGUAAAGGCAUUUAUUAGGGGUACACUGCCCUUGACAACAGCGGGGCACACAGAGGAGAGGUGUCUGUGUGAGCACGGGGCGAAGAACAAAGGAAAAGUUUAAUAGUUACGCUGUUGUAGGCAACAGCGGGCCACAUAGGCAAGAGGUGCCUGCGUGAGUGCAGGGAGUCGGCUGUUGGGGUCUUUUAUAAGGUAGGGCCUCAAGGUGCCUGAUCCGCUUGUGCACAAGUCUCUGAUUGGUUGUAGGUGAGAUAAGAAGUUGAGGGUCAUGAAGGGCAGUAGGGUUGAUGACUCUGAUAAGGUGGGCUGAAACAAGCCAGCCUGAGCAAUUGUGAGAUUAGGCAUUACCUAGGGCUAUCAGUUUGUUAGGGCAAACAUGCCCGGUAAAGAAUGUACUUUAUCUAUUGAGGGAUUGCAGGCUGAUAUCUGAGAGCCCAGAAAUGGAGGUUGUUGGACUUUGAAGGAUGUCAGUUGGCCCCACAGGAUCCACCUGCAGCAUUUGCCCUGGAGAGGUGAGAAGACACGAUUUAUAGGAGCCACUGGGCACAGUGGAGUUUUGUAAAUUCCACCAGAAAAGUAUAAAGUACUGAGGAUUCCAGGCCUGCCACAAUGCCCGUCGUGGUAAAGGACAUCAUGAAACUGCUGUGUUCCAUCUCUGAGGAGAAGAACAUGAAGGCAACCAUCAGGCACUCCGGGAGGGGCGCCCUGGUCGCAGGGGCCGUGGCCUUCGUUGGUGGUUUGGUUGGCGGCCCACCAGGAGUAGCCUUUGGGGGCGCCGUUGGGGGUCUAUUAGGCGCGUGGAUGACGAGUGGACAGUUUAAGCCAGUUCCUCAGAUCUUAAUGGAGCUGCCGCCUGCCGAGCAGCAGAAGCUCUUUAACGAGGCCGUCGCCAUCCUCAGGCACCUGGAGUGGACGGACGCCAUGCAGCUGACCAUGCUGGUCAUGGGCAGUGAGGCCCUGCAGCAGCAGCUGCUGGCGAUGCUGGCCAACUACAUCACCACGGAGCUCCAGGCGGAAAUUCGGUACGAUGACUAGGCCGCUGCUCUGGGGAGCGGGGGUCCGUCCGAGGUGAUUCCCUCCAUGGCCCUGGCUCAUGGCAGGUGACCUGGGAGCUGGGGGAAGCCCCGCAUCAUCAGUGUGUCACCCUAAACUGGAGCGAAAUCUCCUGCUGGAGUGGCUGCUGCUGUGACCUGUCAUGUUCUGGAAGUCAUUUAUGAAGACACUGUGUUCUGUGGCUGUGUGCUCCACUGUGCCCUGACAACCUUUCGGCAGGGAAGAUGGUGAACGUCACAUUGAGCCUUCUGAUCUUGUGAAGAUGACGCCUGUCCAGGCACCCUUUGCACAGCCAGCCCCUCUCAGGGCCUGGGUCUCGGGACCUCAGAGCUGGCCCAAGCUGGAAUCAUGUUUACCUCUUGAAUGCACCUUCCCCCCCGCCCCUGGUCCCCCAGUGACUUCUGAGUGGCCUCACGGAGGGGCAUUCGGCCUGCUGAGUGAAGCCACAAAUGUCAGUGGCACCCAGCCCCUCCCCCACUAGCUGUCACCUGGGCUCUGGCCCCUCCCAGGGGCUUGCUUUCCCUAUCUGAAAAAUCACCGUACUUCUUAGGUUCUGCUUUUUAAUUAAAUAUUUUCAGUAAAAAAGUACUGCUCUUUCUGAUGGGGUAGGAUCGUAAACUCUCUCUAAGAAAUGUACCCACCCUAAAUUUCCCCUAAUACUGUUUUUGCUUUGCUCUCAGAACCGUAACUUGACUGUCAAGUGUCAUCAAAUUGCAAUAAAUAUUUUGUAACCAG